UUCCGGUUCCGGCGGCGGGCUACAAAGCUCUGCGCUGGGUAGUUGGUUUCCUUUCCUCGGAGUCGGUUUCGGGCUUCGAGUCUGGUCGCCAGGCGCCCCCGCCCCCGUUGCCCCCUGCCCUCCGAGGUGGCACCUGCGCAGAGACGGCCGGGGCAGUAGAGAGUCGUGUUGAGAGUGGCUGAGAGGAUCACGUAGAAGAGAACGGGAAAUGCUCAGCACAGUGUCAGCUAGGAAGAGUCGGAGACAUCCUUUUCCAGAGUCCCAGAAUGGAGACUGAAGGGUACUUAGAGACACAAAGAAAUAGAGAAGUCCAGAAUGAUAAAAUAAGGCCACCAUCAGAUGAGAUGGUGGCCGAGGAGUCAGAAGUUGUCCUCAUAUCGGCUCCCCAGGUCCAGGUUCCGCGAGAGCCUUCCGGGCUUCCACCAGAGAGCCUCGAUGAAGACUCUGUCGAAGACCUUGAGACCAUGCCACGAAGGAAUCGUCCCAACGCUGCAGCCUCCAGGCAGAGGUUCAGGAAAUUCCGCUAUGAGGAUGCAGCCGGGCCCCGGGAGGUCCUCCGACAUCUGCAGGAGCUUGCUGGACAGUGGCUGAGACCCGAUAUUCACACAAAGGAGCAGAUUGUGGAGAUGCUGGUGCAGGAGCAGUUCCAGGCUGUCCUGCCCGAGGAGCUCCGAGCUCGGGCCCAGAGAUGUCAGCCCGGGGUCAGAAUCACCGGCUGAGUCCUGCCGCCGGGUCCUUGCUCAGCCUGCGCGUGAGAAGUCACCGGAGGUGCUCGUUGUUGUUGCAAGAGCCGGUCGCGGUCAUGGGGAAAUGUGAGCCUCGGUUUUUUUGAGCUUGGCUUUGACUAGUUGUAAUAAUCCGUCAAAACCCAUGUCUGGACCUCCCUCUGGCUGAGGCAGCUCUAAUUCCGGGGACUGAGCUCCGGAAAGAGCUUCUCUACCCUCCUGUUAGGACAAUCAGCCUGUUGCUCGUUUUUGCUCUGCCGAAUGCCUCCUUUUUUGCACUUUCUGACAUGCUUUAAUAUAUUGUUAUGUAUCCAAAGAGCUAAUCGCUUCAACUUUCAGAAUUCUUAAUUCUUGCUGUGGUGGCAUGAAUGGAAGCUUCUGUAACCCCAUCCAGUAAACUCGUUUGAGACGCCCUUGAAAUAUUAAAGUUUGGUCCUUAA